AUGAUCUCUGAAGCUAGCUCUUCGAGAGCAAAGGUCAUAGAUCAGGUUAUUGGGAUGGAUUUUCCGGAGGAAUCCGUGAUAAAAGCUGUACAAGAUCAUGGAGAAGAAAAUGUAGACGAGAUAUUUGCGAAGAUGAGCUCUGAAGCUAGUUCUUCGAGAGCUAAGGUCAUUGAUCAGUUUAUUGGGAUGGGUUUUCCGGAGGAAUCGGUGAUAAAAGCUGUACAAGAUCAUGGAGAAGAGAAUAUAGACGAGAUAACGAACACCCUUCUGAAUUAUGCAGUGAUUACUGUUUUGCAGGAGGCAGAGAGCACCAACAACAACAGCAACUUAUCAGAUAAUAAUGGUGACUCAAAUCAUUACUCAGGUCUAUCAUCUUCAGAUGAAGAGAAUGAAAUAAACUACCCCCACGAAGAAGGUAGAUUGCAAGCAUUGAUAAAAAUGGGCUAUCCAAGGGAAGAGGCUUCUAUAGCUAUAGAGAGAUGUGGAGAAAAUGCAGGUGUUGCAGAGGUCGUUGACUUCAUCUUUGCUGCUCAGAUGGCACGUGAGUUCGAUGAGUUUUAUGCAGAACCUUAUGAGCCAAUAAUCAACAGCAACAAGAGGCGAGCAUGCAGUGAGCCACCGACAAGAAGGAGAAUCCCGAACACUGCCAUGGCCAGUGAUGAAGAGUUAAUCCGUCUACCAAAUCCAAUGAUCGGGUUUGGUGUACCUAACGAACCUGGACUUAUGACGCAGAGACCAGUCCCACUUCCAGAUGUUGCUCGAGGUCCACCUUACUUCUAUUAUGAAAACGUUGCUAUAGCGCCUAAAGGAGUUUGGGCCAAGAUCUCCAGCAAAUUGUAUGGUAUCAAGCCCGAGUUUGUGGAUUCUCAGUAUUUCUGUGCAGCUGCAAGAAAAAGAGGCUACAUCCAUAAAGCUCUGCCUUGGGCUGAGAGAUGGUGGCCUAGUUGGGAUGAUAGAAAACUGAACUGUCUGCAGACUUGCGUUGCUAGUGCUCAAAUGACAAAUAAAAUACGGAAAGUUCUAGAGAAAGAUGAUAAGAAUCUGUUUGUGCAGAAAGAGAUCAUUGAACAAUGCAAGAGAUGGAAUCUGGUUUGGGUUGGAAAGAACAAGGUUGCCCCACUUGAACCAGAUGAGAUAGAAAAGCUUCUAGGAUUCCCAAAAGAUCAUACUAGAGGAGGUGGUAUUACUAAAACUGAUAGGUACAAGUCUCUGGGAAACUCAUUCCAGGUGGAUACUGUUGCCUAUCACUUGUCUGUGCUUAAACACUUGUUCCCAAAAGGAAUAAAGGUUCUGUCACUCUUCUCGGGCAUAGGUGGUGGAGAAGUGGCACUUCGACGUCUGCAGAUUCCAAUGAAAGUGAUUGUCUCUGUUGAGAUUUCAGAGGUCAACAGAAACAUCUUGCGGAGUUUUUGGGAGGAGACGAAACAAAUGGGCGAUGUUCUGAUAGAGUUUAAAGAUGUUCAAGCAUUAGACGACCAUAAGAUUGAGGAACUUAUGGAUCAUUAUGGAGGAUUUGAUCUGGUUAUAGGAGGUAGUCCUUGUAACAAUCUCGCAGGAGCCAAUCGUGUUAGUCGGACCGGACUUGAAGGAGAUCAAUCUUCACUGUUCUUUGAAUUUUGCCGGAUUCUCGAUGUUGUUCGCCGCAAAGCAGCAAGAAUGAGAAGAUAG